AUGGAAGCAUCGGUCGAUGGUGUUGCUUCCAGAAUGUUACAUAGCAAUCCAUCGACGUUAAACACAUCAUUGCUUUACCUUGACGUCCUUGUAAAUAAUAAACAAAUGAAAGCAAUGAUUGAUACUGGCGCAAACCGAACAUUUAUUUCAUUACAAGCACUACCUAGACCACACACUCAACAAUUUAUCGAUAAACAACAGAGAAGUGCAUCUUUAGCCGACGGACAGACAUCACUUUCUAUUUUAGGCACAUUAGAAUUAUGCAUUGAUAUCGGUGACAUGUCAACAAUUAUCAAAGGAUAUGUUGUGAAGGAAUUAUGUGCAGAAUGCAUAUUAGGAAUGGAUUUCAUUAGUAAAUAUAAACUCAUUAUCAAUGCAGAUGAACGAACAGUGACAAUGCAUGAUGAUGAUAGAUGCAUUACAACGACAUUUGACGUUAAUCAACGCAAGAUUCGUUAUCCAGCACGAACAAUUCGUCAGGUCUAUGUUCCACCGAAACGAACAGUCUCAAUACCAGUCAACGUGAAAAUAUCGUCAGCCAAAGUUUCAUUUCGGCCAUCUUUUCGAUUGGCGCGACAAACCCCAAUGAUAUUGGUAAACAACAUGGUCGUGGUGAAUCACCAAAAGUCACACAUUUCACUUUACAACCCGGCUAAAUAUUCGUACACGAUACCUGAGGGCAUCGUAAUAGGAACGACCACAGUUCCAACAUUAUCUUUCAACAAAUGUUUAUCAAUCGAUCAUGAAUUAGUCAACGGAUAUAUUACAAAGUUGACUCGACACGUCGCAGAUCCGAAACAAGCAGAUGAAAUUACGAAUAUUCUUCACCACCAUGAGAAACUCUUCGACACAAGCAAACCUGCGAUUGCUGUUAAUGUCAAACCACAUGAAAUCAAGACACUUGAUUAUCCUCCACCGACGUCGAGACCAUCUUCUACAACAUGGUCUCAUUCGCAAGUNGAGAAACUCUUCGACACAAGCAAACCUGCGAUUGCUGUUAAUGUCAAACCACAUGAAAUCAGGACACUUGAUUAUCCCCCACCGACGUCGAGACCGUACUAUUCAACGCCGCAAAAAGAAGAAGAAAUAUACAACAUCGUUCAAGAUCUUCUACAACAUGGUCUCAUUCGCAAGUCAUAUUCUCCAUUUGCAGCACCAGCAUUACUGGUCGCUAAGCACGAUGGAACAUGGCGAAUGGUUGUCGAUUACAAGAAACUGAACACCAUGACAAUCAAAGACAAUCACCCAUUGCCGAACAUGGAACAAACAAUAAGACGAUUAGGUGGUGGAUACAAAUUAUUCUCCAAAUUAGAUAUGAAGAGUGGAUUUUGGCAAAUCCCAAUCAAGGAAGAAGACAAGAACAAGACAGCAUUUAUCACAGCUGAAGGAUUGAAGAACAGCCCGCCGUCAUAUCAACGAGUGAUGGCUGACAUAUUGGCACCUUGUCGACAGUUUCCAUUGGUCUACAUCGACGACAUCGUGAUGUUUUCUCGUUCAUUCGAAGGGCACGUGGAACACAUCCAACUAGUAUUAUCCAUUCUAUCCAAGUACAACUUUCAACUCAAUCCACCGAAAUGCAAAUUAUUCCAACGAAAAAUUGAAUAUUUAUUCUUGGAUUCGCACUGA